AUGAACAACCUCAAAAGAUUGCACGAGGAUAGUUCUGGAAAUUCCAGUUCAAGUGCAAGUAAUUUCAAGAAGCAAAAAAUCUUUGACGACAAAAACCCAAUAAUGGUGUUGAAUGAAAUUCAGCCCGGUCUGCCGUACACACUCAUAAGCCAGGAGGGUCCUUCCCACGAUCCCAUCUUCACCAUGCAACUCAUCUUCAAAAAUCAAGUCUUUAUUGGAAAGGCUAACAAUAAGAAACUGGCAAAAGCAAACGUAGCUCAGAUUGCGUUGAAUUACUACAGGGAGCAUGCGACUUUAUUUCACAAUGCCAACAACUCCUUCAACAGUUCAGCCAAUGACAGUUACCAACAAUCAUUCAAUAAUGAUGACAGCAAACCAUGUAAUAACAAGUUAAAUAUGAGAAAAAAUAAUGAGUUUGACAAACUGACCACACAAGAAAAGCAGACAAAUCCUCUCUUUCUUUUGAACAAGUACGACCCUGAAGCUACGUAUGUCAUGAAAUCCGAAUCAGGCACUGGACCAGGCAAGAUGUUUGAAUUUGAGGUGAUAUCGAAGGGGCAAGCAUUCAAAGGCAUCGGCAGUAGCAAAAGAUUGUCCAAAUCUAGAGCUGCUGUACUGGCACUGAAGAGUCUCUUCAAUGUUAAUUUAUUGAUCGUGAAUAAUCAGGAGAGUGGAGAGCAGGCGUCAGUUGAUGACAUGGCCCAUGAAGAACCCACCUACAACCCCGAUCUUUUCAUGAAGCUGGUACAAGAGAAGUUCAAAAGUUUGACAGGCAGUUCUGUAUAUUCAAAGCAAAAGGUGCUUGCAGGGUUCAUAAUGACCAAGGACAACAACAGCAAUCCAAAACUUGUCAGUUUGGCUUCUGGUACGAAGUGCAUAAAUGGAGAAUUUAUCAGCAAUAAUGGUAGAGCCAUCAAUGAUUGCCAUGCUGAAAUUUUGGCUAGGAGAGGUUUGAAGAACUUUUUAUUCCAACAGUUGAAUCUGUUUUUCAGCUGUGAAACAGACAAUGAUGAUGUGAUAUUUGAUGUGCACAGCUCAGGAUUUGGUUGUGUGUUGAAACCAAGUGUGAAAUUUCAUCUUUACGUCUCCACAUCAACUUGUGGGGAUGCCCGAAUCUUUUCUCCACAUGAACAAAAGAAAUCUUUAGAAGAGAGUGCUGAUGAGGCCACAAGUAGCUGGGUGCCUGCGCAGUCACAAGCAAAAAAACUAGCUCGAGGAAUAUUAAGAACAAAGAUAGAAUCAGGGGAGGGCACGAUUCCAGUGACCUCCCAUGAAUCGGGGGUGCAGUCGUGGGAUGGCAUCCUGCAGGGAGAACGACUGCUCAUCAUGUCUUGCAGUGAUAAGGUUGCCAGGUGGAAUGUUCUCGGCUGUCAAGGUUCUCUGUUGAGUCAUUUUGUGUUACCAAUCUAUCUAACGAGCAUAACGUUCGGCAGCCUCUUCAAUCGUGAACAUUCAAGUCGGGCACUCUAUGAUAGAUUGACUUCAAUUGGUGCUCUGCCAGAAGGAUUUCAGCUGAAGAAACCAAUUUUGGGAACCAUUUGCAACCCUGAACAGAGGAGGCCAAUCAAAGCUCCCAAUUUUGCUGUUGUGUGGUAUGCGGGUCUUACUGAACCUAUGGAAGUUAUCAACACCAAUACUGGCAAACUCCAGAAUACAUCGGAACACUCGUCAGUCAGCAAACUUGCUCUGUUUGAAAAAUUCUUAGCCAUACGAAACCGUUUCAACGGAGCACCUGACUCUGCUUUAUUUAGUAAGGAUUUAACAUAUGCUCAGGCGAAGGAAGAGGCUAAGGAAUACCAGCUGGCAAAAAAAGAGCUCUAUAGUUCACUAGAAAAAUCUGGCCGAGAGAGAUCAGGCAGACUGCUUCAAGCCUCAAGCGAGGCAGAAUGCCUGAUCUGA